GAGGGGGAAGGAAGGCUGGCUGCCCCAGAAUCUCCUGUCCUUAGGCGUCGGAAGUUGUCUGUUGACCCUGCGCUCACACAGGCAACUGGGCAGGGAGGCUCUGACACAGACAGCGGGAGCUCCAGCCCUGCAUCUGUACCUGGGUCUCCUGCUAAGCGGCCUAGUACUGGUGGCAGUGGAAGCCAGUCAGCCAGUCCCGAGCAUAGGCGGAGUACUGAUGAAGGAGAUCCCAAUGAUGAAGGAUUGCAACUGCAGCGAACACAAGAAUUACCUCGAGCCCAGGUUAUCUCGUUUGAAGAAUCAUUGCAAUUUGAAGUGAGACCACAACAUCGGUACCUCAAUGUCAGUGUGUGGGGGCGUGCAAGAGAUCAAUGUCCUCGAACAGCAACUUCCUCUGCUUCUUCCAUACCAACAUCAGGUUCAGCGAGCCCUGCAUCUACUGCAGGGCCUGUACCCGAUCAGCUCCUGGGCCACGUGAGCCUCUCCUUAGCCCCUUUAUUAGCUGAAUGUCAAGCUGCUGGACCGCUCACCCAUCAGCUGCGUCCAUGUGUUCUGCUUCCCCCGGAUCCACACAUAGCACUCAGCCGUAGCCACCCACUAGCUGGGCAUUCUGGCUUUGAACCGUGUCUCUGCUAUGGAGACAUCUUGCUGGCUUUCCUCUUCACUCCUGUGGAAGCAGGGAUGGUGCCACCACAAGCUCAGCAACAGACACCUAAAAUCUCAAGGCCCGCAAGCCCUAGGGAACUGAGCAGCAACCCUAUUAUUGUUUCUGGAAAUGCAAUUCCUUUGCGGCGCCAUGAUUUUCUGAGAACACAUUUUAAUCGGGCCACUCAAUGUGAAUUUUGUGGGAAAAAGAUUUGGUUGAAGGAUGCUGUGCAGUGUCGGGACUGUGCCAUGACCUGCCACAAAAAAUGUGUAGCACGCUGCCAGGAAGCUGCUGCGUGCUCUGGAGGUGAACCAUCGACCACAAUUAGACGGUUGUCAGCCCAGCCAGAAAUAGUGACAACAGCUGCAGAGGAAGAGCCUCCGCCCACCCCAGUGCCCCAGCAACAGGGAACUGGUGGGGAGGGCCUGCGCCGUGGUGGUUUGGGCGGGCUGCUGGCAACGGCUGCUGCCCACGCUCGUGGGCUGAAACGUGCAGGCUCUGCCAACAACCUGGCAUUACCUGAGGGGGGUGCAGGUGCUGGGGCAAUGCCAGCUGCCCCUAGCCCAGGCCUGCCCCCCUCACGCAGUCUACCCCCCUCCCCCCAGCGUUCACCCCAGCCCAGUCGCAAGUCUUCAUUGGUGGGCCCUCCCCCUUUCUCGCUGGCUGGUGAGGAGGAUGUGGAGGCAUUGCUGGAGCGGCUUUUGGCACAUCCCAAUGAUGAUGACCUGAUGGCAGCAGCUAAAACCUCAGGAAAACAACUUUAUGCAUGUUUACCUCUUGCUGAGCGCAAGAUGAAAAUAAAUAACAUG